CCUGCCUGUAGCCUGCACAAAGCGGAGUGACCACCAUCCGUCUGCAGCAGGUUUGGACGAGACACUUCACCGCCAACAGCUUAAUGUCAAACCUCUGGCAAAGUGUGCGCGCCACCCUGCGCCACACGGUGAUGAUGGGUGGACCGAGCGCAGCCAAGCGAUAGGGCGCAUUUCUUAAUUUCCCCCUCUGCGCCGCGUCCCCCCACCCUCCUCGAUCCAUCCAUCCAUCCAGCCUCGGACACGCUACGAGACCGCGGGACGGCCGUGUUUCCCCGUUUACACACGAGGAUUGAUCCAAUGUAUUAUUUACGAGCGAAACUUCAGCAACUUAUCCACUGGAUAUGGCUCCCAGUUUGAGGAGUGAUGGGCGGACAGGUCACCCCGAAGUGGAGGGAGCCUGCGGAGCAGACCCCGGCGGAUGCUCGCCGCACAGGACGGAUGCUGGAGGAGAGAAGGGGAGGUGUUUGAGGGCCAGGUUGCGAGCAGGAGCAGCGGGGAUGCUUGCAAACUGCCUGCUGUCUGUGGCAGUGCUUUUACUUCUUGUCCGGUGCGCUGUGGCCGCAGAGGAUAAAUCCACCUACGAUGCCUCGGGUUCCCUGCCAUUACCAAGCGACCCUGCAGUCACAGGUGCUCCUGCUCCCCCACUGGCUGAGCUGUCAGUGGUGGAAAAGGCACCUUUUCCAGCUGUCCAUUCAGCCAGUGACUCAGACUCUGACGGGGAAGGGUUGUCGGGUCAGCCCGCCUUUUCCUCCGUCUUAACCGUGAUGGCAGGAACUGUCAAACAUCCAGUGAGCCUUGAUCACAGUAGAACCUUGCCAACUAUUAGUAGGGAUGAGACCCAAACCACCCAAUGGCCUUCACGUAAUUCCAGCCAAGGCUCAGACAUGUCCUCCUCAUCAUCGUUUGUGGAAGACAAGAUCAAAGCAAGCUCAGAAGCCAAGGAGGAUGAGUCAACUGUUGGAACAUCCAAAUCAGUUGUGCUCAUUUUCCCCAAAGAAAAAGAGGCAAGUUUAGCACCUUCUCAGUCAGACUGGAUUACCCUUUCUGCUGGUCCCACGCAGGGUGCAUCUCAGGUAUCACCUCUGACCACACAACAGGACACCACAACAGCCUCUGUGAAGCUCACCACCACGCUUGUAGCUUCAACCACGCAAAAUCCCACCAUGACCACGCCUUCUCAAAGAGUCAAAACACAGUCAACCACUACAACCACAACACAGCCCACAACUAUCACCAAGAGAAGUACGACCACCACCACCAUCAGGACUUACACCAGCAGGAGAGCAUUCAUGCCACCCGUUCCUAGAACAAGCCCCCCAAGAGGGGUUACCGCUGUCUUUGUCUCACCUUUCACCACCACCACAGAGGUUCCACCACAACAAUGCAACAUCACAGAGAAAUUAUGGGUAAAAACAGUUGUUUCCAUCUAUGUGAGAAGAAACAGGCUGGAUAGCAUUCAGAGGCAGAACCUCAGAAGAGGACUAAGCCAAGGCCUCAGGAAAGCUCUUAAUGAUUCGUCUGCCCAAGCACAGGUGGAGACUGUAUUUGGUUCUCCCAACAUGACAGUGGCUUAUCAUGUAACUGGAGGGGACAUAGUUUACCCUCCUUCUGUGGUGAUGGAAGGUUUGGCGUCCUACGGCCGUGAUAAGCUGAUUGCAGACCUGCGACAGUACCUCCCCAUGGUCACUGCCCUGCCUGUCCCUAUUGCAUUGUGGCGAUCCAGCCCUGCCACUGGCUUCCAGCUGAAAACAGUGCUGCAGUUUGUGGGAGCAGGUGAUAAACCUCUCUCCUGUCGCUUCUCUCAAAUGAUGGAAAAGAGGCUUGAAAAGGUGUUUUCAGAGGCGCAGGCCAAAGUGACCAAUGUUAAAGGCAGACUCUCAGUGCAGAUGCUGAAUGUCUCUCAGGUAGCAGGCUCUCCUGCUGUGUCACUGGUUUAUGCUGUUAGAAAUGGGACUGCCUAUCUUAAUGGCACUGCUGCCUCAAACCUCCUUGGUCAGCUCUCUGCUGAGUUGGUGGGCUACUUCCUCUUCUACCCCCCACUUAUUGUUGCUGAGCCGCUUGAAUAUCACAAUCUGAACACAUCCAUUGCAACCAGAGACUUCUGGGUUGUCACAGUGAUCCAGGAUGUUGAUAAUGUCAGCCUGGAGGGACAAUACCAAAGCUUUGCCAGACUAAUGGAGCAGCGGCUGGCAGAGCUGUUUAUGAUGGCGGGCCAGCAGGGCACUCGAUUUAAACGAGCCACUACUGUGGGCAGCUACACCGUCCAGAUGGUGAGUAUCCGCAGAGUUUCGGGGUUAAAGAACCCAGCAGAGAUGACAUAUUACGUCCAACGCAAUGGCACUCCCUUAUCAGGCACUUCAACUGCUAAGGUCCUGAACACAGUGGAUUCUCAGACAAUGGCACUCACCCUGGGCUACUUUGUCCAGCUGCAAGCAGAACCUGUGGUCAAGAACCCUCCCAAUAACCUCUGGAUAAUCGCUGCAGUGUUGGCCCCCAUCUCAGUGGUUACACUCAUUAUUAUCAUCAUCACAGCUGUGCUGUGCAGGAAGAAUAAGAAUGACUUUAAAGCUGAUGCCAUCGGUAACCUUAAUCCCCGAGCCAAGAUGGCCUAUCGGAGAGAUGUGGGUUAUUAUCACCAGCCGGUCCAGGGUUUUGACUACGCCAAGCAGCACCUGGGCCAACAGGGUGGAGAUGAAGAGACGCUGCCUGUCAGUCAGGAUACUUUAGUGAUGUCCCUACAAAUUAGGGACACAUCACUGUCACUAGAGAAGGCUCUGCAACAGGACGGGACUGCCAGCAAGAAAAACCUCACUGGUGACAAACACAAAAGCAAGUUGCCAAGUGAAGAUGGUUCCGUCAUCAGCAACGAAUCAGAGAAGCUGAAUUCCAGCAGGGGCCUGACGGUGCCGAAAGUCACAGCACAGCAGAAACUGACGAAGGAGGAGACGCGCAAGAGGGACGAUCCGUAUGACACCUCCUCUGGCUCCCUGCAGCUCAUUUCCAUAAAGCCCAUGGCAGCUCAGACCAACUACUCACACCCUGCGUCCUCUAACCGCAGUCAAGACUCAGCCAUGGUCAAUGGAGAGGUCAACUUGGCACUAAAGCAAAAAUCAGACAUUGAGCACUACAGAAACAAACUGAGACUGAAGGCAAAGAAGAAGGGUUAUUAUGAUUUCCCGUACACCAAUGGCACCAGCAGCGGAGGUCGAGCCCUGCCACACAAACAGCAGCCUGGCCAUGAAGGGAGGGAAGCUGGUGAGCGUGGGAGACCACUGGAACCUGAUGAUGAGCGAGGUUCGACUUAUGUCAAGUCUCACAGGAGACACUCCCAGGUAGGGCAGAUGGCCUAUCGCAGCAGACAAAGUCUGAGCAGUCCAAGCCCUGGAGGAACAGAGAUGGACCUGCUUGUAAUGAGAGAGAGACCCAGGAGAGGCAUCCGCAACAGUGGUUAUGAUACUGAACCAGAGCUGAUUGAAGAGACGAAUGUUGAUAAUUUGAUGGGCCCGCGAGGAUACAUGUAUGGCCGGGGCUUGAAAGGCCACUCAGAGACAUCCACUCUGAGCUCACAGCCAUCCAUUGAUGAAGUGCGACAGCAGAUGCACCUGCUACUGGAGGAGGCAUUCAGUCUGGCUUCAGGGGGGCAGUCCACAUCCGGAAGACAUACCCAUCAACUCCAUCCUGACCACUACAGCCCUGCACCGCCUCCCCUUCCUUACACAGAGGUGGUGACCAGCGCUCCAGGCACAAUGAGCUGUGGGCGGGGAGGCCUGCAAUGGGUAUCACCUUAUGGUGCAGACAUGUAUCAGUGUAGCCUUCCUAAACCAGCCUUCCGCUUCACCCAGCUUCCUGAGAUGACCAUCGGCUCUCCUCCACCUUUACCACCCCGCACUGGGCCUCCACCCAGGACCUCCUUAAGACGUUCUACUUCAGACUUGGGGCCUAAGGGAAGGAACUCAGAGACAUCUGUCACUGAGAUGCGGAGUCAACACGAAAACAACCCAUAUGGGCCAACUACUAGAGCAGCACUUCCAUCUAUCACUGCAGAACAGCCUGUGUCAAACUACUCAGGAAACCCAAUAACAGCCGUCUACUCCAUCCCAGCCACUAGGCCUGGCUACUCAGAGUAUUUUGUCUCCACAUCACCCACCUCGUAUCACAGUCCCUCUUGGAUGUCCUAUCCACCAGAACCUGAGGAUGUUCCUCCACAAUGGGCAGACUCUGUACCCUUGCCAGGAUAUGUAGAGGCUUUUCCCAAUCCUCGUUAUCCACAGGGGAGUCCCACCAGAAUGGCCCUGCAAUAUAACCAGACACUGGAGCAGCCACCUACUGUCUCCAGCACAGCAUCUGAGCAAAAUCUGCCCCAGGUACUGAAGGACAUGGACAGCAUGCCCCUGAGCAGCCUCUCCACCUCUGCGCUUGUGCAGGCUAUCAGGCAGGAAGUAGCCAAGCUGGCGAAAAAACAGAAUGAUGUGUUUGAGUUCUAGUUUAAAUGUUGCUCUCACGUGUGCAGGAGAUGGUGAACUGUCCAUCAAUCUACAACAGUGGCACACAAAAGAGGCACUCCUUCAGACUGAUUUUUAAUAUUUGUACUGUUCAACAGACUGAUCUUCUUUACCUGCAGAUUAUCCACUUCUUGAUGUCUUUUCACAUGUCAUUGCUGGAUUUCAACUUUUAGUUAAUGGAAAAGAUUAUUUUGAUUUUAGACUAUUAAUCCCAUACUCUGCUAACGAUGUCUCAAAUAAUCACACAGGUCUUUGUAGAUAUGUCAAUAGGAUAUGCUUAAUGUCAAGAAUCAAAUUUUUUUUUCCAGGAUUGGGCCUUUGUUUUGGUGAAUCAGCAUCAUUUGACAAGCGUAAAAGAGCAAAGUUGUUGUCUGUACUGAGAGGACCAAAUUCUCCCUGUCAGAUGGUUAGGUAAAAAUCACAGUGUAUAUGAGCAUGUACAGUUUAAGGACAUCCUGUAUCUAAUCUCCUUUUAUAGAGCGUCAGCUUAAACAAGACAGGCUACAUCAACAUAAUCUCAUACUGCAUCCAUGCCACAUCAAAGUACCAUUAAUUUUUCAAAAUUCUAAUUAAAAAAAUGUUUACAUGUCAGAUAGUAACACCAUACCAACACAAACAAUCACAAUCAGUUGUCUAAUUACUUUAUUUAGAGAUUUAAACUGUAGUUUUGGGUAAUUAACAAUGGACUAAACACACUAUAAAAAUAAAUGCAUUUUUGAGCUAAUCUAACUAAACAUCACAUAGGAUGCAUCUUAUGAUGACGUAACUUACAGAUGGGACGUUUUUGUGUCUGAAAUGAGUAGUUUGUCACUGCAAUACAUGUGUGCACAAAAUAUGCAGAGCCGGUUAGCAGUGAUAGGCCUUUUCUUUAAACUGCAUUGUGUGGGUAUUAUUAAAUAAUUUGAUUUAACUUUGUUGGUGGUUUUGUGCAGAGAAUGACUUUCAAAAUCCCCAAAUGACAAACUUAAAUUUAGUUAAUAUCUGCAGCUGGAUGAACAUUGUAGCGUGGCAAUGUGAUAAUAAGUGCUGUGAUUUUUAGGUGCCUAUACUGUGCAACCUAAAAAUGAUAUAUGAAUGAUUUUCUUUGCUUGUGGCAGUAGGGCAAAUGUUUUUUUUUUCUUCUUUUAUUAAUAGAAUUAAGCUAUAAAAUUAGUAAGUCUAUUGUAUGUUUACUGCCCUUACAG